CAUUCUCAUCUGCUGGAGAGAUGUGCAUGGCAGCAGCCGUGUGUGCUGGGGAAUGUGCUUGUUUGUUCAGGCAUGGUGUACAGUAGGCACAAGCAGCACACAGUAGGUGUGGUUCCAGUGCUGGGUGCUGGGUUCAGCACCCUCCUGCUUGUUUACAACAAGGCUCUGAGCUCUGAGAACUGGCUGGGCUGGACGUUCCUAUAUGCCUGCCUACUGAGGCUCUGCCAACUGUGGAGCCUGGCUGAGGGGUGCUGCUGUAGGCAGGGAGGCCAUCCAAGGCUGGUCUGGACCAGGCUGUCCAAGGCUGUGACUGCAUGGGUUGGGGGCCCAUGUCUGCCUGAGUGGGUCUGUCUGUAUGGUUCUCCCUGAGUUCCUGUUCCUGGGACUCUGUUGUCUGAGCCUGUGUCCUCAUAUGUGUCUGAGUUCUGGUCUGUGUCUGCAUCUGUGUCUGUGCACAUCCAUGUCAUGUGUCCUGGCCUGUGUGUGGGUCUGUUGGGUCUGUGGGUCCAUCUCUUUAUGUGUGCCCUGAUCUCAUGUCUGUUUCCAUGAGGUAUGGGGCCCAGGUGGCCCUGGGCAGCAUUCCUCCUUCCCUAGACCCCUCCUCCAGCCUGCGCAGCCCCUCCUGCUCUGGAGCAGCAGCCUCCUCCCCCUCCCCCCCCCCAGCUGCCGCACUUGCUGCACUCGCCACUGCGUCUAGUCUGGCGUCUGCUGAGAAGCAGCAGCUACGCUGCAGCCCCAUCCAGACCCUGCGCUGAGACAAGGAGCGAGCCGCCUAGCCCCACUCUGCUUCAGCCUCUCCAUCCAUCUGCCCAGGGCUGGGGUCUCCUCAGUCUCUAUUCCCAAAGAAGUUGUGGAGAUAGGGCCUGAGGUGCUAGAGGUUCUAUACAGACUGAUUUUUCAGGGCAGCAGAAUGGAGUCGAUCUUUCCUGCCCCACUCUGGGAGGUCCUCUACAGCAGCCACCUUCAGGGCAACCUGUCCCUCCUGAGUUCCAACCACAGUGUGAUGCCCCCCCACCUGCUGCUCAAUGCCAGCCAUGGCUCUUUCCUGCCCCUUGGGCUCAAGGUCACCAUCGUGGGGCUUUACCUUGCCGUGUGCAUCGGGGGGCUGCUGGGGAAUUGCCUCGUCAUGUACGUCAUCCUCAGGCACACCAAGAUGAAGACAGCUACCAACAUAUACAUUUUUAACCUGGCUCUAGCAGACACCCUGGUCCUGCUGACCCUGCCCUUCCAGGGCACAGACAUCCUACUGGGCUUCUGGCCAUUUGGGAAUGCCCUGUGUAAGACAGUCAUUGCCAUUGACUACUACAACAUGUUCACCAGCACCUUCACCCUGACGGCCAUGAGUGUAGACCGCUACGUAGCCAUCUGCCACCCGAUCCGUGCCCUUGAUGUCCGGACGUCCAGCAAGGCUCAGGCUGUCAAUGUGGCCAUAUGGGCCCUGGCCUCUGUGGUUGGCGUUCCUGUUGCCAUCAUGGGCUCAGCACAGGUGGAGGAUGAAGAGAUCGAGUGUCUGGUGGAGAUCCCUGCCCCCCAGGACUACUGGGGCCCUGUGUUUGCUGUCUGCAUCUUUCUCUUCUCCUUCAUCAUUCCCGUGCUCAUCAUCUCUGUCUGCUAUAGCCUCAUGAUCCGACGGCUGCGUGGUGUUCGUCUGCUCUCGGGCUCCCGAGAGAAGGACCGGAAUCUGCGGCGAAUCACCCGGCUGGUGCUGGUGGUGGUGGCUGUAUUUGUGGGCUGCUGGACGCCUGUGCAGGUCUUUGUUCUGGUUCAAGGGCUGGGUGUCCAGCCAGGCAGUGAGACGGCUGUGGCCAUCCUGCGCUUCUGCACAGCCCUGGGCUAUGUCAACAGUUGUCUCAACCCCAUCCUCUAUGCCUUCCUGGAUGAGAACUUCAAGGCCUGCUUCCGCAAGUUCUGCUGUGCAUCAGCCUUGCAUCGGGAGAUGCAGGUAUCUGACCGAGUGCGGAGCAUCGCCAAGGAUGUGGCCCUGGCUUGCAAGACUUCUGAGACAGUGCCGCGGCCCGCAUGACUAGGCGUGGACCUGCCCAUGGUGCCCGUCAGCCCACAGAGCCCAUCCACGCCCAACACGGAGCUCACCCAGGUCACUGCUCUGUAGGCUGACCCAAGCGUCUGGAGCUGUAGAUGGCUUUUCUCUUUGGCCCAUGAUGCUCAGUCCCAGAGGGGGACCUGAAUGACGUCAUGGGGCAGUGGACUGUGGCUGCCUCUCCCGCUGCGGCCUCUAUAAGACUAAACUGCACUCCUGGUGCGGGGCCAGAGGGAUGCAAGGACACUGCCUGCAAGUGUCCACUGCUCUGUGGACACCUUUGAGAGGAGCUGCUGCUCAGCAGCCGUGCUCCUGUGACUCGUCCUCCACCUCUCCCAGGCCGAGUCAGCGGAGCCUUGAUACUGCAGGUGGGCUCAUGCCCAGGUGUAGCCGCGGCUCUGUAGUCACCUGCACCCCACAUGCUGUGUGCUAUUUGUGUGGCAGGGCUCUGACUGCCUCUGACCUUGCAGUGUCUACCCAGGGCCACUGGACUGUCUUGGUGUUGCCCAGGAAUGUAGUGGGCAGCAUUUCUCUGUGGAGGGACUGGCCCUGAGCCCAGAGCUCCCACCUGGAACCCUUUCUGACUCCAUCUGAGCAGCCAGGGCUGCCCUAGGAGGGUAUACAGCAAGCUGUCAGCCUUGGCUGGAGGCUUCGUGUGGGUCCUGGCCCAGUCCCUUUCUCAAUGUUCUUGUGCUACAGUGUACAGCCUGUGGAUUGGACCUGCCUCAGUGCUGCCGCUCUCUGCUCUUCCCGAUGGUGGCCCUGCCCUGGGCCUGACUCCCACUUCCCUUUCUGAGGCGAACGGGAGGCCUGACCCCAGCAGUUUUUCAGGGGCUCUUGCCCUCCAGAAGCCUGAUGUGCACUGUUGUGCCCAGACUGUGCAGCCAGUGCUCCUCUGCAGGUGUGGGAGGUGGCUCAGGGAGAGGUGCUGCAGGACACCAUCGGUGGCUCUAUGGCUUGCAAAGCAUGGGCCCUGUGUGUUUAGUCAGAACAGCAUGCUCAGCCCGGAGGGCCCUACCACCUUCUGGGGGGUUCUCCCACAGUCUCCUUUGCUUGAAGUUGGGUCAGUGGCUGUGCAGAUGGAAGGGGCCUGAGGCCUGGGGAGGUAUGGCUGGGCUGGGUUUUGCUUUGCAUACCCAGUGCUUACUGUUUAGUCACAGGCCUCAGAGUGUCUCUGGGUAAGGCCUGAGCCUGCUGUCAAAUGUGAGGUUGGCCUCACAGGCAGAGCUGCUGUGCAAGGUUUGCUUGGGCUAACCUGCAAGGGCUCUGAGCUUUGGGGACUCUGUCCCUUGGGGAAACCCUGCUGUGAUCACCCAGAGAAUCAGGCAGCUUUGCGAACACUCUUCCUGCAGGUGAAUUUUUGAAAUACCUGCAACAUUGAAAAGAGUCUCUUCUUCCCCAGACCUUGGUCAGUCUUGGGCUGGUUCUUCCUGUCCUGGGGAGCCUUGGCUGCAGGGCUGUUCCUGGGGAGACCCGGGCACACUCUGUGAGGCAUUUGGCAGGAGCCACCUGGCUAUAGUGCUUUCUUGCCACGGCUGAGAACUUUGACUCUGUGCUGUUGCAAUGCCACCUGUGACAUUACCUGUGUAUUUAUGCCUGUGACCAGUGUCAUUCCUUGUGUGUGUAGCCAGCCCUGAACCUGUGUCCUGUUUCAGAAUCUUCCACCAGGGGGUGCUGUGGUCCAUGGCAGACCAAGGCCUUGAGGCCCUGUGGUCAGGAGGGUCAUGAAGGAGGCCAGAUAAACACCUGCUCUCUGGCUGGAUGCCCUCCUUAGACAGGUGUUUCUGACUCCAUCCACAUGGGGACUGGGGUCGGGCUUAGCACAUGAGCGGGAGAGGGCUGUGGGGCUGGUGAGUCCUCUGGCCUCUGUGAAGCUGACAGGUCAGCCCUGUCCCUAGGAAGUUGACCUGGUGAGAGGAAACUAGUUCCUGACGUGUUCCAGGGCUUCCCUUUGAUACAAAUAGUGCACCUGGCACCCUGGGCUAUGGUGGAUGCCCCUCCUCCCAGGGCUGCAGGAGUCUCUUCACCCCAUUUUAUGUGCAGACCCUCACUCUGCUCAGUUCCCCUCUGUGAGCAGAAACAUGCAGAGCAGCCUCGAGAGUGGCCCUGCACCCUGAACCAUAGACUCACUCUUGACUCCCGAGUUGACUGUCAGAGGGGACCCUGUCGGAGAGACUUGAUGGCACACUGGUGGGCUCAGGGUUUCCAGGGUGGGCAGGUGGGCUGAUACUAUUUUGUGCAAUUUUCAUGAUGGACAGCCUCGGGCUAUGUAGCAGGCACUUUGGAUGGGCAGCUUGUGCACCACAGUUGAGUUCUCAUAGUUCCAGAGGCUGAAAGCCCAUGGACAGGGUGCUGGACCCAUCAGGUUCCAGUAAGAGCUGACCUCCUCAUUGUGACAUGACGGAAACAGGUCUCCAGAGCUUGGCUGUCCCAUUAAUAAGGAACUAGCAGCGCCACAGGGUUCCACUUUCACAGCCUGCUCAUCUCCCAAAGAUUCACCUCCUGACACCAACAAGUUUAGGACUAUAGCAUACGAAUUUGGGAGUUAGAGUUCUGACACAUUGCUGUUCAACAGAGGUCCAGCAUCAAGGGAAAUGUGGGAAGAAUAGGCCCUGCCAAGGGACAGUGUUUUAAUGCCCAGGAGAUGGUGUGGUCCUGCUGGAGGGGCUCCUGUGAGGGGUCCUGGGCUGCUGACCCACCCUUCUGGUGGGGCAUAAGUCCUGGGCAAGCACCCACCGGGAUCUGCCAGGAGCCUGGCUAGCAGGGUGAGGCCAGAGGGGGAAGGCUGAGGCUCCAUGGCUCUCUAGGAUUGUGCCCUUCCCAAGGUCCACCCAGCCCCACAGCACCCCUGCCUGCACCUUUAUCCUGUUCCUGGAUGGGGACAAAUCCAGCUUCCAUGAGCCUUGGUUUUUUCUUUUGUGCAAAGGGAAACAUAGAACCAUCCUGGUGGGGCUGUGGGUAGGGCUGUAUGUGGGGCUCAGUCAGGAAAGCCUGGGCACAAGAGUUGUUUCAGACUCUUCCACCAGGGGGUGCUGUGGUCACAUGGCCGACCAAGGCAAGGCCUUGAGGCCCUGAGGUCAUGAGGGUAGUGAGAUUUGGGCACUUUCCCCCGGGUGAGGCUCUCCCUGGGACCAAGAGCCGGAAUGUGGGGAUUUGGAGGAGUGAGCUGUUCAGGGUGGCCCCCUACCCAAUAGUAGGAGUCUCUGGUGGGAGGAAUAGGGCUGGCUUGGGCAGGACCCUGAUAAGUCUGUCUUUGGUAUCACUGGGCCCUGGCUGUGUCUAUCUCUUGGUCCCCAUGGUGCUCCCAAGGAGCUGAGGAGGGAAGGGGAGGCAGCUCCCUUUGUUGGGCUGUGGAUGGGGGCAGGAGCCAUAAACAAAAUGUGAUGGGGCCUGUUCUUCUUCGUGGCCCUCCCCAAGCCUGGCAGCUCUCCAGGGCGCCUGCCUCCUGCUCUUCGCACCCACUCACCCUCUCCUCCAGGCUCAUUAUUCAGUGCUGUGCUCCUGGUUCUGCUGCCACAGCAAGACGCAGCCUCCGCCUGGGUCCUGAGGAGUUCCGGGCCUAGGAACAGCGUGCUUCAAGUGGUAAUUAGGCUGUUGGCGAGGUGUGACAGCCCAGGCACAGCGCGUUCUCUCUGUGGAGAGGUGGGUGUGGAUGGUGGUUAAGAAGCACCCUCAGCCCCUCAGGGUGAGGGGCUGGAGCUGCUUAGGCUGAGAGCAGUGACUCUUCACUAGGCCUCAGUUGCCCCACGGGUGGCUGGGAGCCGAGGAAGUUGGCAUCUCUGUCUCCAUCGGUGUCUGUUCCCAAGGUGGUGCCGCUGCCCCGCUGUGCACGUGGGCAUGUCCAUCAUUUAAGGAGUGUUCAUCUGAACACUGUAACAUGAGGUUUCUUAAUCUUAACCUUACCCUAGCCAUCUUGUCCCCCUUCAAGACUGAGGCAAGAGGUGCAGCAUUCUGCUUCAGACCCAGGAAGUCUUUAGUGCUGUCCUAACUCUUCCAGGCACUAACGGAGGAAGGCAUGGCACCCCAAAUGGGACACCCCCACCCUGAGCAGGAGCGAUUGUCUCGUGGGAGCUGAUGGCUCCCGCACAGGACCACAGGUCUGAUAGACUCACAUCCUGAGCAGCAAGCGGAAAUUGAUCAGGACUUCUCUGGAGCCCUCUUGCCAAACCAGAACUGAAAUCACUGUGGGCCAGACCACAGCCUGUCCAGGCCUCUUGCCCUGGCCCCAGCUCUUCCUCCCUUUAAAUCUAAAGCUUCUGUCAGCAUCUGUUAGACAGACUUGGGAUGCUGGACCUCACUUUGCCUUCCCAAUGUGGCCACAGUGAUUAAAAUCUCCUGCUUUUCACCAUGA